UUAAAUAAUAAAAACAUUCAUGAAAAUUAAACUUUUAAUUUAAAUGGCAUCUAAUCAAGAUUCAUUUACAAAAGGAAAAACGAUAAAAAGACAACACCUUUUUAUAAAAGAUUUAAAAUCUCUUAUGUAUGCCUUUGGUGAUGAUAAACAACCUGCACUUGAUUCAGUAAGAAUACUUGAGGAUAUUGUUAUAGACUAUAUAAAUGAAAUGUGUUUGGAAGCAGCUCGUAUUGCUGGUACUAGAAACAAAUUAAAAGUAGACGACUUUAAAGUCGAUUUGUUUUAAGAAAUGAUCCUCGUAAACUAGGUCGUGUGGAAGAACUUCUAACUUUACAAAGAGUAAUUGCAGAAGCACGAAAACAAUUUGAUGACAAGGAUUAAACAAUUUCAAAAAAACGAAUAAACUAUGGGGAACUAUAUAUUGAU